CGGGCGGCGUCGGGGGGCGCGGGGCACGUGGGGCACGUGGGGCCGCGGCCCGCUCGCCCUGCCUCCGGGUCUGCGCGCCCCCUCGGCUGCGCUCGGCGCGGGGGCGCGGGCUGCGGACGGGAGCCCGGGGCGCGCAGGAUGCGGGCGCCGGCCAAGGAGCUCUUCCGGGACGCCGCCUUCCCCGCCUCGGACUCCUCGCUCUUCUCCAGCUUCUCCACGCCGCUGGCCCAGUUCCGGGAGGAGAUCACGUGGAGGCGGCCCCAGGAAAUCUGCGCCACACCGCAGCUGUUUGCAGACAACCCGCAGGAAGGACGGGUGAAGCAAGGGCUGCUGGGGGACUGCUGGUUCCUGUGCGCCUGCGCCGCCCUGCAGAAGAGCCAGCACCUCCUGGGCCAGGUGCCUGCCCCAGUCUUCCCUCCAGGACAGCCGAGCUGGCUCGACCAGACGUACCGUGGCUCCUUCACCUGUCGAGUCUGGCAGUUUGGACGCUGGGUGGAGGUGACCGUAGAUGACCGUCUGCCUUGUCUUGCAGGGAGACUCUGCUUCUCCCGGUGCCAGAGAGAGGAUGUAUUCUGGCUCCCCUUACUGGAGAAGGUCUACGCUAAGGUCUACGGGUCCUAUGAGCGCCUGUGGGCCGGGCAGGUGGCAGACGCCCUGGUGGACCUCACUGGUGGCCUCGCCGAGAGGUGGAACCUGAAGGACGUGGCAGGAGCCAGUGGCCAGCAGGACAGGCCCGGCGGCACGGGACGGAGGACUUGUCGGCAGCUGCUCAGCCUGAAGGACCGCUGUCUGCUGAGCUGCUCGGUGCUCAGCCCGAGAGCAGGUACCAGGGAGCUGGGGGAGUUUCACGCUUUCAUUGUCUCGGAUCUGUGCGAGCUGCGGGGUCUGGCCGGUCAGAGCGUCCUGCUGUUGCGGAUUCACAACCCCUGGGGCCGGCGGUGUUGGCAGGGGCCCUGGAGAGAGGGGGGCGAAGGGUGGAGCCAGGUGGAGCCUUCGGCCGAGGCUCAGCUGCUGUCGCGGCUCCAGGAAGGGGAGUUCUGGGUGGAGGAGGACGAGUUCCUGCGGGAGUUUGACGAGGUCACCAUUGGCUUCCCGAUCACGGAGGCCGGCCACCUGCAGAGCCUCUACUCAGGAAGGGCGCUGUGCCACACUCAGGAGCUGCCCGGGGCCUGGGUCAAGGGCCAGUCGGCAGGAGGCUGCCGGAACAACAGCGGCUUCCCCAGCAACCCCAAGUUCUGGCUGCGGGUCUGCGAAGCCAGCGAGGUGUACGUGGCCGUCCUGCAGAGACCGCGGCUGCGCGCCGCCGGCCGCCCGGGCGGGGACUACCAGGCCGUGGGCUUGCACAUCUGGAAGGUGGAGAAGCGGCGGGUGAGCCUGCCCAGGACCCUGUCCGCGCCCCCCGUGGUGGGCACCGCGUGCCACGCCUAUGACCGCGAGGUCCACUUGCGCUGUGAGCUCACCCCGGGCUACUACCUGGCUGUGCCCAGCACCUUCCUGAAGGACGUGCCGGGGCAGUUCCUGCUGCGGGUCUUCUCCAGCGGGAGGGUCUCCCUCAGCGCCGUGCCGCCGGCGGCCCAGAGCGCGGCCCCCCGGGAGGCCCUGCCCGCGGGCGAGUGGGAGACCGUGCGGCUGCGGGGCUCCUGGAGAGUCGGCCGGACGGCGGGCGGCAGCCGCAACUUCGCCUCCUACCCCACCAACCCGCGCUUCCCCCUCUCGGUGCCGGAGGGCGCGGGCCCCCGCUGCGUGCGCAUCCGCCUGCGCCAGCACGGCCGCGACCGCGCGUGCCAGCCCAUCGGCUUCCACGUCUUCCAGGUUCCGGCGGACGGCGGGCGCCAGGACGCGUCCUCCCUGCUGCUCCAGGAGCCCCUGCUGAGCUGCGUGCCGCACUGCUGCGCCCAGGAGGUGAGCCGGCUCAGCUACCUGCCGCCGGGGACCUACAGGAUCGUGCCCUCCACCUACCUGCCGGACACCGAGGGGGCCUUCACAGUGACCGUGGAGACCAGGAUAGACAGGCGCUCCAUUCACAGCCAGGAGAUGCUGGGGCAGCCCCUCAAGGAGGCCUCCUUCAUGGCAGUGAUGAAAGCCUGACCGGGUGACCCCGCGUGUCAGCUCUGGUGGCCGGGGGUCUGAGGGGCUUCCAGUGGCCCACACGUGAGUGCCACAGGGGCCAGGCCUGAGCGGGUUCUGGCGAGGAGCCCCUGCCCUGCCCUGGCCGGCGCUGCGGGAAGGGCAGGAAACCUCAGGGUGGGCACCUUGUUUCACGCGGCUGAGCCAACAGAGCCUCCCCGAGACGCUCCACGUCGCCUCCUCGGCCCCGGAGAGAGGCCGUACAGCGGGUGAGAGCACGUCGGGACAGAUCUUGUUUAAAACUAUGUAUUAGAAACGUUUUUAGGACGUACGUUUAUAAAUAAACAUUAGCCCCG